GCUCCCACCGAAGAAACCCAUCGAAACCCCCCUCCCCCAGAAAAAUUCCCCAAAUUUGUCCGGCCAAACUCAUGGACGGAGAUCGACGGACGCCGGCGGCCGCGGCCGCGGCCGCAUCGGCGGCAUCGGUCCUUGACGACGACAACCUCCUCCGCGAAAUACUCCUCUGCGUCGCCUUCCCCACCAGCCUCGUCAACGCCGCCCUCGUCUGCAAGCGGUGGCUCCUCCUCGCCUCCGCCCCGGCCUUCCUCCGCCGCUUCCGCGAGCGCAACCCGCCCCGCCUCCUCGGCGUCUGCGUCGGCUACCCGGGCAGGUAUCGCUUUGUGCCCCUCCCGCGGCAGCCCCCGGAGCUCGCCGCGCCCAUACGCCGCGCGACCUCCUCCUGCGACGCCGCCUUCGCCCGCAGAUGCCCGCGAAUCAAGCACUGCCGGAGCGGCCGCCUCAUCAUCGAGGUAUUCCACGCCGGCAGAUUUGAUCACCCCCUCGUGGUGCCGGUUCUCGCCGGGGAGUCUUCAACCGUCCUCCCACUAACCCUGCUGUCCCACGCCCACCGUAACUACUGGGAGAGGCGCACUCAAUUCACUGAGCUGUUCCUACCCGAGGAUGGGGGCCGCGACGGCAUCACCUUGGUGAAUCUGUGGAAGGACCGGCAAAAAGUGUAUGCGGAGGUGUGCAUCCUGAGAUCUGGCCGAUGGUGCGUCCCUGACAUGGAAUCAGAGAUAGAGCCCCCAAAUGGCACAGUCUUCCUUGAAAUGCUACCACCCGUCCAUGGCAAAGUCUUCAUGGUGACCAACUCUGGGUACACCGUGGGUCUAGAUUUGGCCACCAGGAGUCUUUUCACCCUUGAGCUACCAGCUGGAGUGCGGAGGAACUAUAUGCUCUCAUGCGCCGAGGAUGCAGGGAUCUAUCUUGUCAGUGCAGACGGGUUUCAGCUCAGUGUGUGGCUCCAUCGGAUGUCGGGCGAUGAUAAUGAUGCAGGCUGGCUGCUGCUGGACACAUUUUGUGUCCAUGAGGGUCAUGCAUGCACACCUCGUGCAGAGGACAGUUGGGUUCCUCCUCAUGAUGUUUGUCUUGAUGUUGUUGCAGUCGGGGACAAUGCCGACUUUGUCUUCUUGGAUCAUCCAGCAAGUGGCACUCUGUUUUAUGUUCAUCUGAGGAGCAGGGUGGUUGAGAAGGUCUACCAGAGGGGGGCAGAUGAAUGUGGAUAUAAACGUGCGGCUGCUGGCCACGUACGUGUAUCCCCUGUUAUGAUGAUCUGGCCGCCUAUCUUCCCAGCGCAGAACGUGGGACAUGAGGAAUGACCCCCCUGUGUUUGAUCGUUGUACUAUCUAAACUGAGUAUGGCUUCUGUAAUAGAGAGGUAUGUACUUUGAGUUAUUUCUCUACCUAGAACAGUAGAUAUUGCAGUCAUGUAAGUUGGGUCUUAAGAACCUAUGUUCAUUUCUGUAAAAAACCUGAAGUUUUCAGAGGUAUACUGCAAUAUAUCCAGCAAGACUGCACUGAUCUUCUAA